UUUUGAAGGAGUUGACAGGAAGCGUGACGGCUGAUUGGUCGACGCUGUGUGCGGGACGGUCGCUGUAGCAUUCCAAUGUGAGCAGAGAUGUAACCGCUGUGCGGACUUUAUGUUUCCCAGCCGUGUUCAGCCGCAAUUUCAAGGAAUAAAAUGUCCAACUUGAAGGAGGCCAGCACUUGUCCUGACGGCUACAGGGCUUUAAGCGCGAGUGAGCUGAGGGAGCUUUUACAAAACGACGACAAAAUGGACCAAAUCAUUCGCCUCAAUGAGAAGUUUCAGGAGCUCCAGUUUGACAGGGAGAUGCUGCUGACCUCUAACCGGAGUUUGGCCGAAGAGAGCCUCGCUCGGCGACCUCGCCUUAAUAACGGCAAACUCCAACUGGCGGAGAAAUACCGGGAACUGUCCAACCUGGCAACCACAUGCUGGGAAAAACAGAGUCAGCUUGAGGCUCAUGUGCAGAAGCACAGCCUGCAGACGGCGCAGAACCUCCUGCAGGAAGAGGUGGCACGUGCAGAGGAGCAUUCAGAGGAACUCCUGGAGAAGUUCAUGGGGGGAAACGUAAGCCUGGACGAGUUCUUGGACUCCUUCCAAAGCUCCAGGAAGACGUAUCACAUCCGCAGGGCUCAGGCAGAGAAGAUGCAAGAGGUCUCUCAGGCCAGGAAGCAGCAGGGGAAAACCAAGAGAGCGGAGGAGUGCAAAGCCCCGGAGGUAAAGGACUCGGAAAAGCCGCAGGAGCCUCAGCGGCCGAAUGGUUUUAUAGCGCAGGGACCUCUUAGAGUGUUCCAAGUACGCUAUGGCCUCACGCCUGCCAUUCUACUCCCUCAUUACCCUGUUUCCCCGCCCGCCUCGGCGCCAUGCCUUCAAAGUAGCGCCCCCACUGCUGAGCCCCAGCUGGGACAGACCCACAUCCUCAGCCCCAGUGCCCCACUUCCAGGACACGGCCACGCGGUGGGCCUCAGGGUUAUCGGACAGCUUUCGGGAGGCUGGCCGGCUAACGGGCGGCCCGUGCGAGUGCAGCAGCUUUACAGGCCGAACCCUCAACAGCCCGAACCGCCGUACCGAUAAGCCGGAGGAGGAGGAGCAAGGGGAGGAUGAAAAGCCGACUCGAGAGGUCUUCCGAGACGUUGGAAGCAAACGGUGGCUGUCACAAUUAUGUAAGCAAAGACUGAUCGAGAGACGGGCAGCGCUGCAGACGUCCGUUUCUGUUCUCCAUCCAUGACACACAAACGUAACACAUCGAGGGAAGGCGAGCAGAGGGAGCGAGGCAGGGAGGGCUAGGGAUGGGCUGUGAUAGCUGGUAAACAAAUCUCUCAUUAAGCCUUUUUUUAUUAAAGAACAACAAAAGCAUAAAGAGGAGCCGGCUGCAGAUUCAGCUGGAGGAAAACGUGAUUUGAUGGAGGCUGAAAUGAAAACUUUGGUGUUUGUUCAAAGUUUUAGCUUCACACUCAAACAUUUUCAGAUUCUUAUCCAAAACCUCUCAUACUUUGAUUUUUUUGUGCCAAACUUUCUAACCCUGUGAGAUACAAGUAGCCUAACUCUGUUUUAAAGAAAAAACUAACAAUAAUUUGUUUUCUGGGGGUUUUUUUAAGCGUGAUAGUUGGUAUAUUUGUUUUUCUCCCACCUGCUGGGACUGGGGAGAACAAUUUUUCACAGGCCCUGACAACUUGGAGAUCUACCCGAGUCACUUGAGCAAAUGCAGAAGUUUGCAAGAAAUCGCUAGAUCGAAAUCGGAGAGCCUGAAACAAUUAAAAAAAUGUGCCAUCAACACAGCUGUGUUAGAAAGGUGGAUGUUUGGAGCUUCUCCCCUUCACAGCCACAGGAACGAGUCUUAAACCUGGAAUUGAGUUUUCACUUCCGGUUCUUCUUAGCUGAAAUUAAGGCCCGUGUUUUACUUGACCUUUAGACUUUUUCCUCGUCUUGUUCCACAACAUAAAAGAUGCCAGUAAAUAGUCCACUCGUGGAUUCUGUGGAAGGGCACCAAACACCCAGCGAGCUUUAUCGGUGAUAGUGUGCUGUUAAAUCUUUUAUAGCCUAAGAUUAUGUUGCUCAAUAAAACAUGAGCUUUUCUCUGUUACAAAUCUUAUUUUCCUGGCUUUUUUGGUUAUUGAGGCACAUGCAGCGACAUGAACUUCCAGCUUGGCCUGCAAAUUAUGUCGUCUUUUCAACUUUCUGUAAAAGGAAAUGUCUGAGAAAUAGAGCCAGCAGCAGAGCAGAGGGCGAUCGUGGAUAGAGACCUGCAGGAAGAACACAAGCACCAGUUAAAGUGUGAUAUUUGAUAUUUUAAACUCGUGCUGAAGCUUGCAAACAACAUCAGUAAAAAUAAUCCCAACUAAACAGGCAUACAGUCCAGUCCAGUUUCAUGAAAGCUGUGUUAGCGUCAUG